CAAAUCAAAUAUAUUGUACAGCAAAUAUUGAGGAUUUUCUCUAGCUAACGUGUUAUAACACAUUUUGGUGUUUCUUAAAAGUUUUCAAACACCAAGUAUUAUUAACAGCAUACGAAUAUUACGACAGAUUCAACUAAACAAUGUGAUGCAUGUUUUUGUUACAUGUUUGUGUGGUCGGGGAGGCGAGGGCCCCGGAGGGUGGGAGUGAGGGAAAUUCUGUGGUGGUGUGUGGGGAAGUCCGGCCAGGAUGGAGGCCACCAGCGCCAAGGAGAAGGUCGUCGCCAGCAUGAAGGCAGAGUACAUUGAGCACUCCAUUGAGGUCACACACUUUGCCGCGUCUGACAUAGAGACACAAGGUCUCAGCAUGACGGGUCUGGAGGAAGCAGCAGAUGUGCCGACAGAAAUGACUGUGUCAGUGGAGGAGCAAGAUCCAAAUGCUGGAAGUUUGGAGGUUAUGGAGCUUAAACAUUCUAUAGAGAAGAAGAAGAAACGAAUACGAAUUUACAGUCAAAAAUUUCGAAAGGAGUGGAUGCAAAUGCGAGAUUUUCAUGGGUGGCUCUCAGAGGGAAGUGGUCCAGAUCGGGCAUACUGCACUGCAUGUAAUAAGGAACUUCUGGCUGGCAAAUCUGAAUUGUUAAAGCAUGCUAAUGGAAAGAAACAUAAGAAGAGAUUAGCCGAGGGUCACAUGAACAUGACGGUUCCUGCAGACUUGUCCAGUGUCCUAGAUGAAACCGGCAUGCCUCAUGUCCUGCGUAUUGUUGAUUUACGAAGUGACACUGUGACACAGCCAAGCAGAGAAAUGAAAGAAGCCAUGUUUGAUGCUCCAGUGGGAGAUGAUGUGUUCUCGGAAGACCCUACAGUCAAAGCAUUGGAGGAGAAAGUUGCCAGAAUGUUGGAGAAGGAAGCGGCUCUCUUUGUUCCCUCAGGCACAAUGGCUAAUCUGAUAUGUGUUUUGACGCACUGCUGGGGUCGUGGCUCAGAGAUUAUAGUUGGAGACCAGAGUCACCUUCACUUGUGGGCCCAGGGAGGAAUUGCUCAGGUUGGCAGUGUCCACCACCGCACUGUGAAGAAUCUACCAGAUGGAACAUUUUCUCUUCAAGAGUUAAGGUCUCUAGUUCGAGGUGAUGACCCUCAUUGGCCAGUAACUACUUUGGUGUGCAUUGAAAAUACCCAUAACAUGAUGGGGGGCAAAGCUCUACCUCUACAGUGGAUGGACGAUCUGGGAGCACUGUGCAAUGAACUAAAUCUGCCACUGCAUAUGGAUGGAGCACGACUCAUCAAUGCAUCUGUGGUUCAUGGGACAAGUCCUGCACGUCUUGUGCAGUUGUGUGAUUCUGUCUCUCUCUGCCUAAAUAAAGGUCUUGGUGCACCAAUGGGCUCACUUGUUGUGGGCACUAAAGAAUUUAUAACAAGGGCCUUAAGAGUAAGAAAAGUGUUAGGUGGAGGCCUGCACCAGGCAGGCAUGUUUGCUGCUGCAGGAUUAUAUGCUCUUGACCACAUUGCUCCCAAGCUGUCACAGGACCAUUCCAAUGCUCGUGCCAUUGCUCAGAGUGUGUCAGAAGUACACAGCAGUGCUGUUACAGUCGAUCUCAAGGGUGUUCAGACCAAUGUGGUGUUGCUUCACUGUGAUAACAUUAGAGUUAAUGCAAAGAAGUUGUGCCAAAGACUAGCAUCAGUGAGUAUACAGGUGACAGAUGCAGAAUCUGAAGAAUUAGGAGAACAAAUUGUUGUCAUGAUGUUGCCAAUCACCGAGACAACCGUUCGCCUAAUGUUACACUGUGACGUUAAAAAUGACGAUAUCAAAGCUGUGAUAAAGAAACUUAAAUAUAUUAUUCAAGAAUAUGAUAAUAUGAUGUACCUGGAAUAUAAGAUUAGUGUUUAAAAUAUAAAAUUAUUUUAUGA